CUUCUCCACAGAUGUUUCAGUAUGAUCGCAGGAGCGCUGCAACUUUCCUGACCAGGAUUUACUUUUACAGCGGUGUCUACAGGGAGGGAGAGAGGGAUCACAGCCUUGUAGAAGGAGUCUGACUCUUACAGAAGAAGAAGAAAGAAAGAAAGAAAGAAAAGGAGAAGAUGCCUGUAGCUAUUUUGAUGCCUUUCACGGCGACUCCGAGUAGGAAGUCCGUUAACGCGACGUCGUUCAGACUGACGGAGAAAUUCGUCCUGCUGUUAGUUUUCAGCGCCUUCAUCACCUUCUGCUUCGGAGCUAUUUUCUUCUUACCGGAUUCAUCCAAGCUGUUUUUCUUCCGCUCGGACCCGGCGGUGGACGGCGACACCCGGACAGGUACAGAAGGAGACCUCGGUGGCACAAACAAGGACGAUAAGAUCUUAGCCAAAAUUAGAAGAGACCACGAACAGGCUUUGGUCGAAGCCAAAGACAGGCUGCAGAAGCGUCCGGAUGAAAUCAAGCAGGACAUUCGGAUGGAGAAGGACCAAGUAGAGAAGAACCGAGCUGGAGUGAACGACGGCGGUUCGCUGCCUGUGUUCGAGUACGUGCAGCCUCCUGGGGCGACAGGGCGAGAGCCCUCCGACCCGGAAACGAGGGAAAAACGAGCAAAAAUUAAAGAGAUGAUGCAGUUUGCGUGGAAUAAUUACAAGCGCUACGCCUGGGGCGCCAACGAGCUGCGUCCUGUCUCCAAGCAAGGCCACUCUAGUAAUCUGUUUGGAAGCCUGAGAGGCGCAACCAUCGUGGAUGCCCUGGACACGCUGUACAUCAUGGAGAUGUAUGACGAGUUUGAAGCCGCCACAGAGUGGGUGGAGAAAAAUCUGGACUUUAACAUGAACACAGAGAUCUCCAUCUUCGAAGUGAACAUCCGUUUCGUCGGAGGACUUCUCUCUGCUUAUUAUCUCUCAGGAAAAGAGGUGUUCAGGAGAAAAGCCAUCGAGCUUGGAGAGAAAUUACUGCCUGCCUUCAAGACACCCACAGGAAUCCCUUGGGCUCUUCUCAACCUAAAAAGUGGCAUAGGCAGGAACUGGCCGUGGGCGUCAGGAGGCAGCAGCAUUUUAGCCGAGUACGGCACGCUGCAUUUGGAGUUUGUCCAUCUGAGCCAGCUGUCCGGGAAACCUGAGUUUGCAGAGAAGGUCAUGAACAUCCGGAAGGUUCUAAAUCGGCUGGCAAAGCCACAAGGGCUUUACCCCAAUUACCUCAACCCCAACAGUGGGCAGUGGGGACAACAUCACGUGUCUGUGGGAGGUCUGGGUGAUAGUUUUUACGAGUACCUGCUCAAAGCCUGGAUCAUGUCUGACAAGCAAGACGAAGAAGCCAAGAACCUUUACUACGCUGCUCUGAAGGCCAUCGAGACGGGUUUGAUCCGGAAGUCGAGCGGCGGUCUCACCUACAUCGCCGAAUGGAAAGGAGGCCUCCUCGAGCAUAAAAUGGGUCACCUAACCUGCUUCGCUGGGGGGAUGAUCGCUCUAGGGGCUGACGGAGCUCCUGAGGACCAGACAGGCCACCAGAUGGAGCUGGCAGCCGAGAUCGCACGCACGUGCCAUGAGUCAUACGCCAGAACCAACCUGAAGCUUGGGCCUGAGGCGUUCAGGUUUGAUGGCGGCGUGGAAGCCAUCGCCACACGACAGAAUGAGAAAUACUUCAUCCUGAGGCCAGAAGUCAUAGAAACCUACAUGUACAUGUGGAGGUUCACUCACGACCCCAAAUACAGACAGUGGGGCUGGGAGGCUGUGCAGGCUCUGGAGCAGCACUGUAAGGUUGAAGGAGGCUACAGUGGAGUGAGGGACGUUUACAGCAACACUCCCAACCACGAUGACGUCCAGCAGAGCUUUUACAUGGCUGAGACGCUAAAGUAUCUGUACAUGCUUUUCUCCGAUGACGACCACCUGCCGUUCGAGCACUGGGUCUUUAACACCGAAGCUCACCCGCUGCCCGUCAUAAAGCGACAGAGAGAGAACUCAGACAGGAUCACCCAGCUGUAGCAGGGCUCACGUCUCCCCACCGGACCCUGCGGGGACGCCUCUGGCUGUGAGCAGUGCUCGGACCUCUAGCCCCAAUUUCUCCAGGAAAAGCAGGCAGCGCAGUUGAUCUUGGACCUUCUCGAACACGCCAAUUCCCCCUCAACCCCUCCACCCAAACAUGUCCUGCAGGUCUCCCAGGGGCUAAACGUCUUUUCCACCAAUCAUUUAAAGAUAGCAUUGUGCAUGCUGCCCUUCCCAUUCUCUGUCUCCUGAGCCCAUACAACCAAAACCCCUACCUGUCUUUCUCUCACACCUCGAUUUCACUUCUCUUUCUGAGCCUCUGAGGUCCGAACGACCUUCUCUCCUCCGUGAGGAGACCGGACCGUCUCCGAGAAUGACGAUCACAUAUUUCUCACCCUCAUACAGUACAUGUCACAGAAAAACUAAGCCAUAUUUCAGCUACGUGAGUUUGUUCGAUUCUGAUCAUUCUGUCGAGUUUCUAGAAAAUGUUUGGGGUUUUUUUUGUUUGUUUGUUUCUUUGUUUUUUUCUGGUGUUUUUCUUUUUUCCUGUCAGUCACAAAUACAAGGUAGUGAUAUGGAGUUAUCUAGUGCCUUUUUAGCUUAAUGACCAACUGUUCUGCUAGCGGAAGUGAUUUCACAAACCGAUGAUGCUUUUGUUCAUGAAGUGUACAGAUUUCUGCGCUUUUUUUUCCCUCUUUCGGUUGGACAACGUACGAGGAACAACAGGUGAGGACCAGAAAACGUCUACAGCCUGAAAGAUAAGUAGGACAACUCGACGUGAUCGGGUAGAAAUCCGACGACGCCAUCGCUCGGUCCGUUUCUAUCGUCGCGUACGUCAGUGCUUCCUUUCCUCCCUCUAGACACGUUCUGUUUCAAAGAUGCACCGUUUACUCGACCGAGCGUUGCUGAAAUAGCGGACAUGUAAAAAUAGAAUAGAUUAUGACUUGUAAUUUAUGACUUAAGAAGUGUUUUAGCCUAUAGUGCUCACAGAUGAAGGAACUCUCUACGCUAACGACGAAGACGUAGACGAACCAUGAAAUCAUCCAGCACCGACGAGUCAGAUGUGGACAAAAGCAGCGGCAGCAAUCAACUAGAUCCUAUUAUGUCUGAAUGUACCACCAAAUGUGAAGUGAACAUUAUUUUUUUUUUUUUUUUGCUUAUCUUGUUAUUAUUUCUGAUUUCUUUUAUCAUGAAAGCACAAAAAUUGUGAAAAUUAUUUUUUUCUUGUUUUUUCGUUUAGCAAAUAGAUUCAGAGACAGCAGACAUACACACAAACACACAAGCGUAGAUGACACUGGAUAAACACCCUUUCACACACACACACACACACAUACAUUCCACACACAGUGACAUUAAUACUGAGAACUGUCACAACGGGCAAAACGUGUAGCAAGCAGUUUGUGUGUUUGUUCAUCUCAUCAUCAGGUCCUGUUGGAAACUGUGCUGUACAAUUGUGCGAUUCUGUACACAAUCCUCUUGCUGUGAACUCACCGUACAUAACAUCCCACCUCGCCAAAAUCUAAUCAUCUUAAUAUACCUUCGUUCGUUUCUUUAGUUUUGCCCUGGAGCUACGAGCCUAAUGUAGCUACUAAUUAAAAGAAAUGUCUCAUCAAAAUAAUUUCCUUAGACACACGCAAAGUUUUAUAUAUCUUCUUCAUUAUUAAUACACUCCGGAUUUACCCCCUUACCACCCGCAGUCAAUUCGUAUAAAUUAUAGGACGGCGAGGACAGCUAGAUGCCAGAGAUUACAUUAUUUUUUUUUUUUUAAUAAAAGAACGUCAUGGUUGUCUGGUUAUAGCUACAUGAAAUUUGUUGAACGAUGCAGCAGCUAUAAACAGUUAAAUUUACGCAACAGACACUCGACUAAUUUUAAAAAUGACACCGAGUUUUUCUUAUAGAAAGUGAAGCAGCAUCUUCCGACCAAUCGGAUCUGAGAAUUCAACAACACGCUGAUGAUUUUAAUAAGCAAUUACUUCAGCUCCGAACGUUAGCAUCCGUACCGCUUUUAAAAGGUUUUUGCAGGUGGAGACGAGAAAAGGUUCAGUGUGGAAUUUAAAAUAGAAAAUUUAAUAGAAAAUUAAAAAUCUAAAAAUGAAAAUGAGAAAUCUUAAAGAUAUUGAAGGAAAAAAGUAAAUAUAUUGAGAUAUUGGGGUGUGAAAGUAAAACCUGCACACGAAUACAAAGAAUUCGUGCAACAUUCCCUUAUAUUAUUUUUCAUUUUUAUUUUUUAUUUUACCCAUUUUUGAUAAUGCAUCAAAUAUUUCAUUUUUUUAAUGAAUGCAAUAAUUCAUUUUGAAUUACUUUUUUUUAAUGAAUACAAAGAACUUUGAAAUUUUGCAACAUUCUCUUAUUUUUUUCUUUUAAUUUUUUUUUCUUUCUUUUUUUUUUUACUUUAAAUAUAAAAAAAAAAUUCUUGAACUAGAAAAAUAGUAUUUUUAAAAAAAGAGAGGGGGAGCGAGAGAAAUGCGUAACACUGAAGCAAAAGUGCGUCUGCUUUUCCAAAACGGCCGUUACUCGGUUACUCUACAGCGUUCAGCUUCAUUGUGAAGUUUUCUUCAUGUUUCACAGUGUAUUAAAAUAAGACCCGGAUGUAGUUUUUACACCCAACCAAAAAAAAUGUUUAGGUGAGGCUGCUUUUCAUUACUUGAUAGCUACCUAAGCAUCACGGCUCCAGCACAAAACGACAAGAAGCUACAUUUCGACUGUGGGGAAAAAACUCGUGUACGUUUGGAGUGAUUUUUAAAAUCACUCUGGAUGGUUUAUUAGCACGUGCUAACAUCAACACUAACAAGCAGCAACAACAAUUUCCAUUUAUUUUUCAUCACAGUCCAAGCAAAGCUCUUCGCCUGAUGCCGUAAUGAUGUUUCCGAUAUUUUCUUGUAUUUUGUAGAUGAAAUUUCUGAAUGGAUUUUUACCAAAAAAGACAACAAAAAAAAACACACAGUCAGGCGUAAAGCAGUAAGUAAUCGUUAAAUCUUGUAUAAACGCUUCACCUUGUUUUAAUCAGCACUUCGGUAUCAAGUUUUUAACUCGUUGACUUUUGUGCAGGCUUAAAAAAGAGACAAAAACCUAAGAGAUCCAAAGAGCAACAGACGUUGGUCUGUAACACUGAGACCAAAGGGAGCAGGCGAUCACAUGCUACCACAGAAAACCGUGACGCUGGCUCCGAGCGGCUUACUUAUUAGCGCGCGGUAACACCUGCGCUAGCAUUUGUGCUAACAAGCAGCAAAAGUUUUGAACGUUUGAGGCCAUCAUAGCUGAUAUUUCCGAACACGAUUUCCAGAAAGUUCUUUAAAACAAAUGUUACCUUUCAGUACAUACAUGUUUUACAAUGUCUGAAAUUUUCACAUUGCUUGUUAAUAUACUGUAUUUUUGUGUAAAUAAUAAAUGUAAAGUAUAAAACAGAAACGUUUAAAGGUAUAUAUUUAAUGUAAGUACACAGAUCGAUCUCUAUAUAACAUAAAAAAACAUUUACAUGUAUUAGUUACGUGAGAUUUAUAAGGUGCAAUUAGAUUAGUUAUGUAAGAUUUAUAAGGUUUUUAGCGCUAGGUUUAGCGAAUGUUUGCACUGAAACUGAACACUUGUUUAGUUGGUAAAAAUCAUUAAUGGAAUUGAUCAGAAAGGCCUCAAAUUUUCAAAACAGAGUAGAAAAUAUUUGGCGUAUUCCCCGUGUUCUAGAUAUACCGAAUUACUGCUAUUAGUGAAACUUGCUAGCGUAACCAGACUAGCGUGAGGAAAAAGCGCAAACGCAAGCCAUGACCUAACGCUUCCUCACGUCUCCUUUCAGAUAAAUGACGGACGUCGAUUACGAUGUUGCGUUGACUCUUUUAACAUCGCAUUUUAUUGUUUGUGACUCGAAUUUUAUGACACAACCUCAGAAUUGUAAGUGUUCAAAAUCACUGCUAUUCAUUCCAUUACACAUACGUAGGUGGUGUUUUUUCUUUUCUUCACUCUUUUUUUCUUUAAUCACAUGCAGAUGAAUUUGUUUUAUUGUUGGUGGCGGGAGGAUCGGGUCUGUUUUACAUGUUUUCAUGUCCAUUUUUCAUUAUAAUUGUUAUAAUGUACAUAUUCCGUUCUGGCAAACUGCCACUGAACGUUUCUACAUAUAAAAAAAUGAUCUUAUGGAAUAAAUUAUAUUAAUGAACUGCAGAAAUCUUUUUGAUAAACUAUAUUUGUUACUCUUCUAUUGUGAAUAAAAUAAAGUUUUAAUAUAAAACUGUA